UUCCUGAAAGAUGUAUGAAGCACAGGCAGCUCUGGUUACUCUCCUCCUCCUCCUUUUCAAACUGUUUCAAGUGGUAGGUGAUGUAACUGUUAACUGUACUGUUGAACUUCAAGUUCGGAGAGGUUUACAAUAUGAGAGCAAACCUGGGGACCCCCUCAGUAUAGAGUGUCCAGUGAAGUACUGCACAGAAAAGCCAGCCAUACACUGGUGCUUUAUACAGGGGACGAGCUGCCUACUUUUGAAAGAUGGGCCAACAAGAUACACAGUGUGGAGAGAAGAGAAUGUGGCUGUUCUGAACUUUAUGCCGAUUCAUCAGCGUAACAGUGGAUGGUAUCGUUGCAGCAUUACUCUGGGCAACCUGAGAUAUCAGAGCCAUGCAAUAAGUGUUAUUGUUAGAGAAACCACUGACUUCAUUCCCGUGGCUUGUGAGCCCCAGGCCCUGCCGGGCAACCUGGCUGAUAAUGUCAUGGUGUCUUUAGUGACUGGUUACAGGGCUGUGCUGAGUUGCUCUAAUAUGUCACUAGUGAAUCUUAUCUCAGUAGUAUGGAAGAUAAGACUAAGGGAUGGAGCUUGCUGUUUAUUAGCAUACAGGGCUGAUUUAAAUAAAACAGUCAGAACAAAUUGCAGUGAGAGGAUGGACUGGGCAGCUCGACCUGAUCAUGACCCCGCCCUUCAGAUUCACCCGGUGAGACUCGCUGAUGAAGGAAAUUACAUGUGUGAAAUUGUAAACAGGGACGGAAGUCUCCAUCGGAACUACACUCUGAGUGUGUUAGAGCACGUGGGAUUUUCCCUUCUACUUCACUAUCUCCUGACAGGCGGCGCCAUUUCCUGUGUCAUUAUUGUGACUAUUUUAUACUGUACUUUACGACACAGAGCUUAUUCAGCUAUUCAGUUCAAUGACUAA